AAAACAAAGCAAAAAUUCCGAUUUUUUGUCAACGACCGGGAAAAGUUUGCUCCGGGGUGAUCGCCCGGCUGUUCUCGUUUGUGGGGGCCAUCGCGAUCGGCAAACUGGUCAAGAGCACACUCGGCCCGAAGGGAAUGGACAAGAUUCUGAUUGCGCACGGCCGUAGCGCCGGCCAGGUUGAGGUCACCAACGACGGGGCGACGAUUUUGAAGGCGGUCGGCGUGGAAAUGAAUCGCUUCCAGGACGACGAUGGAAUGACUUCCGUGACGGUGUUGGUGUCAGAGUUGCUGAGCGAGGCGGAAAAGUUGCUCGAGCAAAAAUUUCACCCUCAAACGAGUGCGGCCAAGCAGGUGGCACGUUCGGCGCUGUUUGCCACGGCGUCGCUCAGCUCGAAGAUUUUUUCCAAGCAAAACUAUUUGCCGGCUGUUGCUUGGAUGAUUCGUUCCUGGACGAGGGUUUCCUGUUGGACAAGAAGACCGUUGUGCACAAGCCGAAACCCAUCGAGAACGCAAAGAUCUUGAUCGCCAAUGGACACGGUCAAGAUCAAGGUUUUUGGAUCGAGUAUGAAGAUGGACUCGGUGGUGAAGAUUGCCGAGCUGGCGACCAGGAGAAGAUGAAGGACAAGGUGACAACCAGAUCCAGGCUCGUCUCGGUCGUUGCGAUCUGUUUGAAAGUUUGCAUCGAUGUGAUCGCUCGUUCCAACAUCCGCAGGACACGGUGCCGGAUUAUCUCGUAAGGAGGCAAGUUGCUGCCCAACAUUAACUUCGCUCCAAAGUGGUAAGCAAACUGCACGUCAGCAUUGAGGAAUUUGGAGGAGAUUUCGGUGGAAUUGGAGGAGGAGAAAAAGUUCAUGGAUUCUAACGAUCAUUCCGGUGCCAGUGCUCAAUCUACAUCUCGCAGUGCGACUCGCAGCAAAACUGUCCGGCGCGUCCUACCUGAGUUAGAGGAUAAGCUGCAGCUGGAGAAUUUAAAAUUUAAGGUGCUUCUAUCGAACCAGAACCCUAGAUAUAUUCUCGCUGCAUCAGAAAGUGCGUCGGCCGCCAAGGAUAGACUAAACCAGCUGGGCAGUAAUCCGUGGAAGAUCAACAGCGAAGUGAUGGCGUUGUUCAUCAGAGCAGCAUCUCCAUGCUGGACCUUUCUUGCCCUCCCUCCGCGCAGUGAAUUGACCGGUUACGAUUGGUUCAUCUUGGUGCGCAAGAAGAUGAGCCACUGGCGCAAAGCUCACCUGAUUCCCCCACACCUGAACCACUCUGCCAUAACCUAUCCCACAGCCUCCUUAGUUCGGUAUGAUUUUGUACACAUAAUUGAAUAAAAUCCUUUUCUUUCUGUUGAUA